UAAUCUUUUUGUAGCAAAUGGAACUACUAAUAAAUAUAAUGGAAUUACGUUGAAUCUUAUCAUGGAUACACAAUUGUCUUCCUUCUUAAUUUAUAACAUAAAUAAAGCAUUAGUUUAUUGGAUCACAUAUAACUUACCGCAAAUAAGUGAUCCAAAUAUCUACGCUACAAAUUAUGGUAAUUUUAACUUGGAUACCUUUAGCUUUAAAACUAUAUUUCCAAUGGUUGAUGGAAAUUAUGGAUUUAUUAUUGAAGAUCAAGAACAUGUGACCAUUUUAAAUGAAUCUAUGACAAAUAUAUUCAUAUAUUAUAAGUAUUUAAAUACAAAAACUAGUAAAAUUUCCGAAAACUCUUUACUUUAUCAUGCAAGAAAUGUUAGUGAAAUAUCAAACAUUUCAUGCUCAUCAGAUUAUAGUGAAUAUGGAAAUGUAUGCAUGAUUACUGAACCAACUGAAAAAUUUGCCAAUUCUACACUAUUUAUGAUAUAUCAAAUAAAUUUUUUAUCAUCUGGUUCCGUAAUUAAAUUUACCACAAUAAAAAAUACUACAAAUAAUAACGAUUUAUAUUUUGAUAUUCAUCCUUCAUUUUUUGGCGGAUCCAUUGUAACUAGUUGGAUAUUGACGACGCCUCAAACACUCAUAAAAGUCCCCACCGUAAUACCGAUAAGUCAAACAAGUAAUUAUGCAGAUAUGACUGGAAGUAUUAUUAUGCUUAAUGGCACUGAGAUAACAUGGAGCUUAAAUCAAUUGAAUCAAUUAAAUCAGAGCAAAUCAGCCUUUAAGAGUGCAGUGUUUGAUUUAAUGAAAAAUAAUACUUAUAUAUUGUACGUAAAGUAUUUUGAUAAUGAAUGGGAUAUCUUUAGUAUAGAUUUGCCUAAGUCUAGAAAUGAUAGGGGCUAUGAUAAUCCGAAUAUUAUUUCAACAUAUCCCAAAAUCAACGAUAAUACUAUUAUACCAGAAAGUACCAAUAAUAUCAACAUAAUUUUUUCAAGCAAUAUUUCUAUGUCUUUGAAUAAUAUUACUAUCUAUCAACUUGAUACGAACACUGAUCAAUUAAAUUUCAGAAAGUUUUAUUCUGGGAGUUCAGAUUGUUAUAUUUCAUUUAAUAGAAAUCUUUCUUGUAGUGUCACUUCAAGUAUUUUUAACCAAUGGAAUACUACAUACGUAAUUGUGAUGGAUAAUAAUUUUGUUAUGUUUUCCACAACAAAUGAGCCUAUGUAUGGUAUUGAACCCUAUCGAUGGAAUUUUACAACAAUCCCAUGUGAUUCGAAAAGUAACAAAGAAUUAUAUUCAGGUACUAUACGAUUAACUCUUAAAGAUGGUAUAAAAAAUGAUUCACUAUCAGAUAUUUUUGGCAAUGUGACAAGAGAACUUGUAGAAAAUCCUUGUCAAGCUAGCACUUCUCAAAUCAUCAACAAUUUAAAUGAAUUAAUAAAUGAUACGGAUUCGCUAAUAUAUAAAAAUAAUUAUACAAAAUAUUUGAACUCAUCGUAUGGAUUUAAAGUGAACGUAAAUUUUUGGGAUGAUAUUAAAUACAAAUUACUUGGACUAUUAAUUGGAUCUAUAAUUCUAGGUCUUAUUAUGUUAUUGGCCCGUCACAAAUACCCGGAGACGAACGAGCCAUUCAUUCAAUGGUUUACUAAAUAUAAAAACAUUAUUUCAAUUUUCACUGUGUGUUCAGGAGCAAAUGUAUCUUUACUGGAAUUUUUAACUUCAAAUUUUGCUGGAUUUUUAAUGUUUAAUGCUCCAUUUUCCGAUUCUGUUAAACGUUGGAUAUAUUGGGUGACUAUAAUUGAUACUUUUAUCGAAAAUAUUCCACAACUAAUUAUUCAG